CAUUUUCUGCUCUUCCCCGGAUAUUCUGAGGUUUCUGCUGUACCAGCGACAGUGGGCGCGAACAGUUUCUCACAUUUGCGUGACUGAUUAGCAACCCAGGAGUUUCCCCGGCUUCUGAUGGGGAAAUGGAUCUCUGCAUCUUUAAGGCUCCGCGGGGCUGUCUGCUCCGGCGACGCAGGCAGGGCAGGCUCUGCGGCAGCAGCCGCGGACUCAUCCGUCGCUAAGGUCCAGUUAGCCAAGGUGGAGGAUGGGAAAAGAAUGGAGCUGUCCCAGCUCCUCAAUGAGAUCAGGGCAAACUAUGAGCAGCUUCUCACCAGAAAUCAGAUAGAGACGGUGCUGUCAACACGGAUGCAGCUAGAGGAAGACAUAACCAAAAGAAUGGACAAGGAUGGGGAGGCCCUGAAGGCAGCUCAGGCGGAACUCAAGGAGGCCCGGCGCCAGUGCCACCACCUGCAAGUGGAAAUUGAGACCCUCCACGCUGUGGAACGGGGUCUUGAAAACUCCCUGCAGGCCAGUGAGCAGCAUUACCAGAUGCAGCUGCAAGAUCUGGAGUCGGUGAUUGACGGACUAGAGAAGGAGCUGCAGGAAGUGAGAGGCGGCAUCGAGAAGCAGCUUCAGGAACAUGAGAUGCUUCUCAACACGAAGAUGAGGCUGGAGCAGGAAAUUGCCACCUACCGCCGCCUGCUGGAACAGGAGGAGAUCAGAUACUAUGGUUGUAUCCAAGGCGAGAAAAAAGAAGAAAAACCUACUACCAGGAGUAAAGUUGGCUUUCUUCUCCCCUCCGCCAUUAUAAAUGAAAUAUCUUUUUCAACGAAAGUCUCACACAAGUAUGAGAAUGAAAAUGUGGAGACAAUGACCAAACAGCCAGAAUUGAAUGGAAGUGUGGAGGAGAGUGCAGAGGCUCACGGCACCAUUCAGACAGAGAAAGUGGAUGAAGUUAUAAAAGAAUGGGAAGGUUCAUUCUUUAAAGACAACCCCCGAUUGAGGAAAAAGUCUGUCUCUCUUCGCUUUGACCUCCAUUUGGCAGCCACUGAUGAAGGCUGUUUACCGAGCAGACGGGAGAAUCUGCCCGACAUCGAAGUCAGGCUUAUCAUGCGAAGAUCAUGUAGUAUUCCCUCCAUCAAGCCCCCACCAGCAGCCAACUAACCCAGAGAUAGGAUUUGAUUUGAUAUCAGAGACACUAGGAUGGACCUAGGCUGGCCAUGCUGACGCCCAGUCCCAAAUGUAAGUUACUCCACAUGUAUGGAUAAUGUGAAGAUGCCGUGGGCUGUGGCUCCCUUCAGAGAACUCGUAUAGUAAGAGGAAAAGUUGCUAGGACUCCAAAGAUGAGCAUAUUUUUUGGAGAGGGGAGUGCUUAAAAAUAAAUCAGAAAUUUGGUGUGGUUUCUGUUUUGUCUGUCAUCCAGAGAGUCUUUAUCCUGGCGAGCUUUAUCAGAGACUUGAAGUAUAAGGUGGCUUGGUUAAGUCUGUAAUUUCACUCAAUGGCUGAACUUCCUAAGGAAAAUGGAAUAGCUUGUCUGAAUACUGAAGAGUUACACUGAGUUACUCCCCGUGGUUUCAGGACCAGCUGAACCUAAAAUGUUUGUUCUACUUCUAAAAAGGCAACAGUUAGGAACCAAUGUUUAUGGAGAGGGGUCUCGAGCUUCUCUUAGGAUUUUUCCAUUUGAGACAAUCAUUUGAACCCUGGGAAUUAAGAAAAUUAAGAAGUGGUCUGUCUGUGAGCAAUUCUGAAGUACUGAGCACACCUCAAGGCUAUUUUGAUGAUUAAUAAAAUUGGGGUGCCCUAUAUCUUACAGUUCUUUUAGAAUAAGAAUCUGAUUCGCAGGAGAGUCACUUUGUUGAAAGAACUGUAAAAGUUAUAUCCUUACAUACACACAUACACACACACACACACACACACACACACACAGAGCUGUACAAACAAAACUUUAAAAGCAAAUGGAAAAUGUGAUUACUCUAGUUACUAGGACAGUUACCCAAUUAUGCAUCAUCUGAACUCUUCCAUCUGUAAAAUGAAGUGAGUGGCGUUUGCCAUGGGCCUUAGAGAAGGUCCUCCAUGAACUAGGAGAAAGAGUUCCUGCAGUCAUUUGUGUGAACUAACAGCACAGUAUUGCUAGCUGAGCUAAGAGUUGUCUGCAGGACUUGCUUUAAACAUGUUCAAACUGUAAUAACUACAGACGUAAAAUAUAUUUGUGAAUAGAUGACAAGGUGUUGCAACAUUUUUAAAAACAACAUAAUUUGUUUAAUGCAGGUAUAUUUGAGACCUUAAAUAAUAAAUACCUGUUUUAAGACACUAGGUGGGGCCGGGCGUGGUGGCGCACGCCUUUAAUCCCAGCACUCGGGAGGCAGAGGCAGGCGGAUCUUUGUGAGUUCGAGGCCAGCCUGGGCUACCAAGUGAGCUCCAGGAAAGGCGCAAAGCUACACAGAGAAACCCUGUCUCGAAAAAAACCAAAAAAAAAAAAAAAAAAAAAAAAAAGACACUAGGUGGUUAUAGGCUUUUUUUUCUCUAAACAACAACAAAAAGGAGUACAAACCACUGUUCUUUGUUUCCAGCUGAAACAUCAUAAGGGCUAUGGCUAUGCUAGCAUUAGUGCAGCCUUCAAAAAUCAACCCCUCCCUCCCGUCCUCUCUCCACAGGUGUGUGUGUGUGUGUGUGUGUGUGUGUGUGUGUGUGUAUGUAUAUAUAUAUAUAUAUAUAUAUAUAUAUAUAUAUAUAUAUAUAUAUGUUGACCAGUAAAUAUGCUUUAGCCACAAGGAAAUUAUGUUAAGGAACUUUUAAUAUAAUACAGGGAUUUUAACAUUUGCCUUUUUCUUUCUAUUACCUCGGGUUCCUUUUAGCCUGACUCACUCUAUUUAGUGAAGAGGAAUGAUGCUGUUCUGUCAAGGAUACAGCAGCAUAUUAAGCGCUUAUUCUUGCAUAAGCAUCUGUCCCAAACUUGCGCCCUAUACAUAAAAAUGUUUCUGGGGGGCUGGAGGCACAGCACGGUGCCAGAGCUUCACCUAGCACACAGGAGGCCCUGGGUUUGGACCUCAUGGGAAAAAAGGGAAAAGUUUCAUUCAUCAUUAAAUGCUACAACUUUAUUAAAGCUUUGAAAUGCAAUCAUAUAAGCUGUUGUACUGGUUACUGUUCUAUGCAACAAUGAUUAGGGUAAAGCAAUACAUCUAGUGUAAUCUACUGCAGUACUGUUAGUACUGGGCAUUGUGAAUUAACAGCUUGCUAGAGAAAUUCCAUUACGCAGCUAUCCUGUGUGUAUAAUAUGCAGUACUUGAAUUUGUAAAUGAUUUUUGUUUGCUUCAAAGCAUUUUAAAAUCGGAAUAUGAAUUUACCAAAGUAAAUGAUACCGCUAUAAUAAAAAAAAAUUUUUGAAACA